UCCCCGUCUCGGCCUUCGUCAGGGCCGUCAGCGACACCACCGUCAACCUGAAUCGCUACGGCGUCGGCCCCCGGGGAGCCAGAGCUCUGGCCGUGGCUCUGAAGGACGACAAGGUGGUGACCAAACUGGAGCUGGAAGACAACAGACUGAAGGCAGAGGGGACGCGCUACCUGAUGAAGAUGCUUCAAUCAAACACCACUAUAGAGAGCCUCGUAACUAUGGAAACACCAACAACACCUCCAUACCUCAUGUUGAGUCCACUUCAUAUAUUUUGUGUUUUUUUGUUCCAACCCCUCCCAGAACAUUUCACACAACCAGUUGGGCCUUGAAGGAGCGUCCGUUGUCUCCAAAAUGCUCUUAGACAAUUAUCACGUAAAAUCCAUCAAGCUGUCGGGAAACGACUUCGAUGACUCUGCUGCUGAAUUAUUACUACAUGCUUUAAAGGCGAGUCCAAAGUCAUGAAUCAAAGGGAAAAUAAAACAGUCAAACUAGGAGGAUAUUGAAAAUCUUGAGUUCUGCACUUUACCUUUGUUCCAGGAUGACCGUCUGAUCAGAGAGCUGGACCUCAGCAGCAACAGGUUCAGCAGCGGAGCAGACGGACUGCUGGGUCAGAUGUUAGGCAGAAGUUGUCUUGAAUUCCUGGACCUGAGCUGGAAUCGUCUUCGUGGUGCAUCGUCUCUGUUCGCCGCUCUAAAAGUGAACUCCACCCUGAAGCAGCUCCUGCUGUCGCACAGCAGUCUUGGUGGGACGGAGGCGAAGUGUCUGAGCCAGGCUCUGACGGAGAACAGGACGCUGGAGCUGCUGGACCUCAGCGCCAACACCAUGGACGACGAGGCGGCGGGGCUGCUGAGCCUGGGCCUGACCUCUAACCCCACCCUCAGAGUCCUCAAGCUCGUCUACAACCCCAUGACCAACACCGGAGCUCUGAGUCUCCUCAAAGCUGCUCUCAGCAACAAGUCUGCGCUGGAGAACCUGGACAUUUCUAGUGUGUUUGUGAACGAGGACUUUGUAGAAAUGCUGACAGAAGCGCGGCGGCGGCGGCGUCCUGCCCUGGAUGUGCAGCACAGCGCCAUGAGCUUCGUCACCAGGAACUUAACCGCCCUGCAGGUCUUUAAGGAGUCCCUGGCCGAGAGGAACAUGAGCGUGAUGGACUUCUUCAAGGCUCUGGACAAAGAAGGAAGCAGGCAGGUCUCCACCGCAGACUUCAGGAAGGCCGUGAAGGAAGCCAACUUACCUCUGGAUCAACACCAGCUGGGCUGGUUGGUCAGGAAGUUUGACGGGAAGUGCACGUGUCGCAUAGCCUACAGCCAGUUUGCGGAUAUCUGAUACCUGAGGACGACACACCUGAAAAUAAAUUCAUCAAUAUUUUCUCUCUUAUCUCUUUGACCUCAGUUUCUUUUUCUCUCUAUAUCGGCGUGGUCCGCUGACCCCGGCCAGCUGCA